UCUGUGGAUAUACUACCACCAGUGCAUUAUAAAGACGAAAAAAGGGAGCAAAACUUUCAAAUAAACAAGCUUCGGGUGAGGGACCUCUUUUUGAAACAUUGUAUUGUUGGAGUUAAGUAUCGUUUGGGCUAAACCGGUUGUUUGUGGACUUCCCGUACAACCGGAAGAGACAGGUGAAAUACACCUGUUGAGAAACGAGGCGACCCGUGUGUUUACACGCCUGAACUGGAAUAGAAACAUGCGAAUUAUUACACCGUUUUAAGUCUUUGGGAGCUGGUAAGAGACAUGGACUUGCACAACUUCUCGUCUCGAUAGACAGUGUGAGUGGACUGAGUGUUGCGAGAGGUCUGGAGGACUCCAUAUGCUGCGUGUGUGAUGGGAAACCAGGUGGAAAAGUUGACGCAUUUAAGUUACGAUGAAGUUCCCACAGCGGACCCGAACGGAUAUGAGCCAGAGGACGACACACCUCGGAUCGGAGUCUCGUAUAUUUUCUCUAACAACGAUGAAGAGGAAGAAGAGCCCGCGGAGGAGAAGCGUGAUGAUAAAAGUGACAGUCAGACCCAAAUCGACUGUGCGGUGUAUUACCGUGAUGAGUGUGUGUACGAGAGAAAGUCCACGACCGGAUCGUUCCUCACUUGUGAGAACCUGCUAAACAGGUGCCAACCGGGCGACCUGGUAGAAUUCGUUUCAGCUGGUCAGUACCCACACUGGGCUGUUUACGUAGGAGACUUUCAGGUAGUCCACUUGCACAGGGGUGCAAUCCAGAUGGACUUUCUUGCCGACGCAGGGCAGGGCAGGUGCGGUCGGAUCGUUAACGACUUAUACCGAUUCCGUGCUCUGAAUCCAGACUCAGUCGUGCAAAACGCGCAGGAUCAGAUCGGUGCGAAAAACGGUAACGUGUGCUGGAGGAACUCGGAAUGUUUCGCUGCGUGGUGCAGGUUUGGAAAACGCGAGUUUAAAACAGGAGGAGAGCUGCGCAUCGGCAAGCAGCCGUACAGGAUGAAAUUACAUCUGUCUGAGAAGUGGAGUCAUGAGCUGGAGUUUCAGAGUCUGGAGGAUCUGAUCACGGAAAAGCGCAGGAACGAUCAGAUCGGCAGAGACGCCGUGAUCCAGGAGUUGUCCAAUCAUCUGAACUCGAGUGAAGAACUCAACAGCGAUUACAGUUGUGAUUGAAUAAACAACUUUUCUCAAUAGCAAUGACACACAGAUGUGCAGAAUUCCACAGAUGCCACGUGGUAUUGUUUUAUCUCUAGAUCAUGACUUGUUUUUUUCCUGAUUCUCAAGAUUACAAGUGGUGUUUUUCGGAAAUCAUCUCCAACCCCCAUUUAUUAUGUGUCAGGACAUUUAGUAUUUCUUAACGUUUAUUAGGGCGGCAUGGUGGCUCAGUGGGUAGCAUUGUCGCCUUACAGCAAGAAGGUCCUGGGUUCGAUUACCAGGUGGGACGGAGUUUGCAUGUUCUCCCCAUGUCUGUGUGGGUUUCCUCCUGGAGCUUCAGUUUCCUCCCACAGUCCAAAGACAUGCAAGUGAGGUAAACUGGAGAUACAAAAUUGUCCGUGACUGUGUUUUGUGUAAUAAGUAACUACCGUUUCUGUCAUGAAUGUAAUCAUAGUGUGCAACACAUGAAGUUAAAAUCCUAAUGAAUGAAUAAAUAAACAUUUAUCAGGGACUUAUAGGAUAAGUAAUAUUUUUAUUAAA